GUCUGGACACCAUCUUACGAUACUGUGUACCUAAUUGGCGGUCGGCGGAGUAGUCACCCCACACGGUUUUACUAGCACCGUUUUGCGUGGACAAAUUACAAUGGACAUCGUCCUUGGCACGAUUCCGCACACUUGCCUCUGGCCCCCAACUUAAGAACGCUGUAGUUACUACGACCGGCAGACGGAGCGUUAGGAUUUCGCUUCUUCACCCAAUGCGAACCGAAGGCUGCUGGGCCGUAGGGAGAGAGCCGCCGCCAGAGACAGGACACGGCUGAAUCCAGCAUUGAAAUAGGCGAGAACAAGACCAAGCUGAUGCUCUUUCCUUGGGCCGCGCGCCCCGGCCGCGCAGCAAGCGUGACGAGACUGGUACAGAUCAUAGACAAGCUGACGAUGCGCAACCGCCAAAUCGGCAUCCUCGGCGUUCUCGUCUUUAUAGUCUUUUGCUUCUAUUCGAUCUCGAGGACGUCGCCGGCCGGAUUGGGACCACUCCCUAACAAACAAGCGUCCCAGGCGCAGGGACCCCUGAAUCCCCAGCCUGACCCCAGCGAUAUCAUCGCCUUCACCAGCAAGAAGUUCGCGUCGACCAAGCCAAAGCCGGCGCCCGGCGGGCCACACCCGAUAGUGCACCUCGUCACAGAUGCGGAGCGCGAGUUUGAGGAGGUCAAGGCUCGUCAGUCGCGGACGCUGCGCGAUGCCGUCUCGGAGUACCGCCGCCGAUAUGGACUGCCGCCGCCGCCGCACUUCGACAGGUGGUGGGAGUUUGCGAAGGGCAAGAAGGUGCUGCUGGUGGACGAAUUCGACACGAUCCACGAGCUGCUUGCCCCCUUCUGGGGCCUGAAGCCCGCAACGAUCCGCGCGCGGGUGCGAGAGGCGCUCGGGUUCGGGCUCGACAACCAGCUCAUGGGGGUGCAGGUGCGCAAUGGCACAGCGAAGCACAUUUUCGGUGGGUUUGAGUGGCUCCAGACGGCCCUGGUUGACAUGAUGGGGAGCUUCGUCCGGGAUCUGCCCGACAUGGACCUGGCCUUCAACGUCAACGACGAGCCGCGGGUUGUGGUGCCGCAUGACGAUAUGGCCCGGUUGAUGCACGUCGCCGAGACAGUCGCCAAGCCAGCUGUCAACGCGAAGAGGACCCUCCGGAACGGUUUCACCGAGAAGCCCGCCGACCUCAACUACGACGGCCGCUUUGACGAGGUCAAGCAGACGCGCUUCAACCUGUUCGCGCACCAGCCCGUCUGGACACACUCGCGCAUGUCCUGCCCGCCGGACUCGCCCGCCCGCAUCCUCGAAGAAGAGGACCAGUACGACGACAUCGAGAAGUACGGCCUCAGCGACCUCGGCUUCGUCUACAACUGGACCGCCAUGUCCGACAUCUGUCUGUCUCCUUCCCUCUCCUCGACCUACGGCUUCUUCGAGCGGCCGAACGCGUACGGCGUGAUCCACGACCUCAUCCCCGUCUUUUCCCAGUCCAAAAUCUCCUCCUACGCCGACAUCAUCUACCCUUCCCCCUGGUACUGGGCCGACAAGGUCCCCUACUCGGAAGACACCGACCCGGCCUGGGACGCCAAACACGACCGGCUCUACUGGCGCGGCUCCACGACGGGCGGCUUCUCCCGCAACGGCGGAUGGCGGCGCCAGCACCGGCAGCGCUUCGUGCAAAAGAUCAACGCGCCGGACCAGGCCAAGAUCCUCACCCCGCCGCCGCCGCCCCCCUCUGAGUCUGAUCCCAAUGAGUCUACGAACUGGACAAGCCUUGAGGUGCCCCGGGGGAAUUUCAAGUCGCUCAUCGACGUGCAUUUCUCACACAUCGGACAAUGCGACCCGGGCGACUGCGACGCGCAGCGCGCAUUCUUCAGCGUGGCCGAGUACGCCAAGCAGGAGGACGCGUUCCAGUACAAGCACGUGCUGGACAUGGACGGCAACGCCUUCUCGGGCCGGUUCUAUGCCUUCCUCCGCAGCCGCAGCCUCGUGUACAAGUGGGCCAUCUUCCGGGAGUGGCACGCCGAGUGGCUGCGGCCGUGGGUGCAUUUCGUGCCGCUUAGCCUGCAUGGCGAGGAGUGGCUUGAGGCGGCCAGGUUCUUUGGGCUGGGUGGUGGGAACGGGAACGGCAAUGGGCAUAGUGGUGUUGGUGUUGGUGAUGGAGGGACGCACCUGGAGGAGAAGGGGAAGAAGAAAACUGUUGCACGCCGGGAAACUCGCGGGGACGAUGCGAAUGUGGUGGGUAAAAGAGAGGAUACUAAUAAUAAUGAUGAAGAAGGGGGGAGGAAAGAGGCGGAGAGGUUGGCGGCGCAGGGGAGAGAGUGGGCGGGAAAAGUGUUGAGGAAUGAGGAUUUGGAGGCAUGGUUCUUUAGGUUGUUGUUGGAGUGAGUUUUCUUUGUUCCCCUUUUCCCGCUCAAUCUUCUUCGUGAAUUGAACAUACUAACCCGGAUCCCACAGAUACGCCCGGGUCAUCGACGAUGACAGGGAUAACAUUGGGUAUCUACUAUGAUUGAAGUAGGGGUACGCUGAUUGAUAGAGGUGGGAUUUGGGUAGCCUAUCUGGGCAUAUACCUAAUACAAGGUGCGGCAUACCUCGUUUCUCGGAGGAGAGAGCGCAUGGAGAAGAAAGAAGACCGUUGGGUUGGGUUAUUAUACUGACCCUUGAAGGAAGUAUAGAGAAAGGAUCUGGCGUUCCGGUUGAGCUGCUCUUCGCUGGAUCAGGCAUGCAACUGGAAAGGGGGCCAUAUGCCCCCUACUCAUCCAUAGGUACCUACUUAUUAUGACUAGACUGGGAUA